AUGUCUGCGAGGUCGAGCUUUAUGAAGGGCAUCAAGCCCAUUACACGACCGGCAUCUGCUGGCUGGACCCUGCCCAUCUUCACCUCAGACUACAACAAGCUUCUGAAGGGCUUCAAGCCCCGCGACCAGGAUGACAAGUGGUUCAUCGAGACGGAUCAGCCAGACCACUACGGCGACACGUACAUCCACAUAGGCCGCAGCUUUGAGCUCGCUGAGCACUUCACCCUCAAAGUCCGUGGAGGCUCGCCUUCAGCCACCAUCACCCAGAUCACCUGGGAGACUGUCCGCCAGAAUAUGACCGAGUGGGAAGCUAAAGAUGAAGCCGUCCUGCUCUGUAAGGAUCUCACAGGCGUCGACAUUCGCAAAAACGUGCCAGUGAAUCAAGCCAAGCAUGUCUCGUCCAUCACAAAGGAAUCCCGCAUCAUUGGCGCCCUGCUUGCCCUGCAUGCGGGCGACUCCCUCGGCGCAACCUGCGAGUUCAUGUCCCACCGCGAAGUGGCUACUAAGUACCCCAAGGGCCUUGACAAGAUCAUUGGCGGCGGCCACUUCAACUGGACACCCGGCCAUGCUACCGACGACACGGACCUGUGCCGCGCUGUCCUGCUUGCUUAUAGCCAGGUGACGCAGUCGACAGACGUUGCUGAACUUGCUGGAAACAACUGCCUCGAUUGGCUACAGGGCAACUGGCCCGGCCGUAAGCUGGGCUCUACACCUAUUGAUAUUGGCGGCGCCACGGCCGAGGGUCUACAUCACUACGCAAAGACGCACGACUACGAGACGUCAGGAACUGACCGCGGCAGAAUCGGCAAUGGCAGUCUGAUGCGGUGUCUCCCCACGGGUCUGUUUGCUAGCAACACAAGGGACAUUAUCAAGGAGAGUAAGCGGAUCAGCCGCAUCACGCACCGCGACCCACGCUGCACCAUCUCGUGCGCGGUGUAUAACCAGAUGGUAUCCAAGCUUGUGAAUGGUAUUUCGCCGCGCGAUGCCGUCAAGGCAGGUCUGGAGCUUGCGGACGAGUUGGAAGCCGACCAGGCGGAGCUGGAUACGAAGCAUAAGGGCGAGAGGCCGGUCUCGUGGGGUAAACGCGGCGAGGUGCGCGAGGCCAUCUUGAUUGGUAAGAGGCUGGAUCUGCCGCGGUUGGCGGCGAACGGGCCCCCAGAGGAUAUGCUGCGGGGCAAGUGUAGCGGGAUGGUGACAGAGACGUUGGCGGUUGCGGUGGCGGCGUUGCUGGAUGAGCGGCCGCUCAAGGAUGUGCUUGUGGAUGUGGUCCGCGUGGGUAAGGAUACUGAUACGAAUGCGGCGGUGGCGGGUGGGUUGUUGGGUGCGAGGGACGGCGAGGAGGCUGUUCCGAAGGAGUGGGUGAGGAUGUUGCAGUUUGCGGGGGAGUUUAGGGCGUUGGCUUUGUUGUGUAUGUUGCAGAGGAAGAUAUAG